UUUUCAUUCUCUUUUCCGUAGGCGACUACUCAGGCGGACAUGGAAGCCCGUUUAGACUGCGGCCUGGUCAAAGGUCACGCGUACGCUGUAACUGAUGUACGUAAGGUACGUCUGGGCACAGGCCUGCUGUCAUUCUUCAAAUCAGAGAAGCUCUCCAUGAUCCGUAUGAGGAACCCUUGGGGCCAGAAAGAGUGGAAUGGUGCUUGGAGCGACAGCUCAGAGGAGUGGAAGAAAGUCAGUAAGAGUGAGCGAGAGCGGUUGGGUGUGACCGUGGAGGAUGAUGGCGAGUUCUGGAUGGAUUUUGAUGACUUCUCUAAGUAUUUCACAGACCUGAUUCUGUGCCGCUUGAUUAAUACGUCGUACUUGAGCAUUCACAAGACCUGGGAUGAGGAAGUGAUGCGAGGCUCCUGGUGUCGCCACGACGACCCUUUAAGGAACCGAUCUGGAGGCUGCAUUAACCACAAAGCCACGUUCCUCCAGAACCCACAGUACGUGUUUGACGUGACAAAGCCAGAGGAUGAAGUUUUGAUCUGCCUACAGCAGCAGGACAAGAGAGCUCAAUCCAAAGAAGGCAAAGGAGAGAACAUGGCCAUCGGAUUUGAUAUCCAAAAGGUCGAGCUCAACCGGAUAUACCGCAUGCAUGCCAUUCAAAAAACGGUGGGCAGCUCAGUCUACAUUAACUCCCGCAGCGUCUUUCUGCGCAAAGACCUGAAGGAGGGACGCUAUGUCAUCAUUCCCACGACCUUUGACCCCCGCCUGCAGGGAGACUUCCUGUUGCGUAUCUUCACGGAUGUACCUUCAAACUGCAAGGAGCUGACAAUAGACGAGCCGCCCCAGACGUGUUGGACGGGGUGUUGUGGGUAUCCAAAGCUGGUCACACAGGUGUACGUCCACAGAGCAAACGGACUCAAGGCUCAGGACUCGGAUGGAUCAUCUGACCCGUACGUCAUCAUCAGCUGUGAGGGAGAGAAGGUUCGUUCAUCGGUGCACAAAGACACACAGAGCCCAGACUUUGAUGUGAAGGCUGUUUUCUACAGGAAGAAGCCAAAAGAGCCUAUCCGCAUUCAGAUCUACAACAAGAACCUUCUGAAGGACUCUUUCAUGGGUCAGGCGACCUUGAACGGUGACCUGUCUGACCUGCAGCAGCUUCACACACUUCACCUGCGGGACAAAGGAAACCGGCAGAACAAUGACCUCCCGGGUCUCGUCUCGGUGAGCCUCAUUACCAGCGACGUCCUCACCAACAUCUGACGUCACUCACGUUCAUGCUGUUCCUGUGGUAAAUCGUACAGUACUAUAUGUGGUGUAUUACAUAUAUUUACAUGUUUUGUUUUUUUUUUCUUUUGGGAAUGUUUCUUGGAAGCAAAAUGUAGUUGUUUACAAGCACUUUUUACACCUUAAAGCUGUCAUUUUCUGGUAUUAUGUGCUUCCCAUUGUCUUGGAAAUGUGUAUAUAUAUCUGGAUAUUAUAGGAUAUGCAUCUAUAUCACUAUAUGAAAUAGCAUGCUGUAUAUGCAUUUAUCUAAUACCACUAAUAACUAUUCAGGUAAGCUAGUUCAGAUAUGUAGUAAUGAAUUUCAGCUUUAUAUCUGUAUGUUAAUGCGAUUUGACCAAACAAUCAGUAACGGAAGGUAAAGGACUUUCUGUUUAAUCUCUGUUUACACUAAAUGUUUAAAUAUGGAGGACAUUUCUUUUUAUGUUUUUUUUUUCUCCUUCAAAUGUUAUACAUAAUCCUGUGUUGAUUUUUAUGAAGCUGUGCCAAGUUUGUCAAGAUUUUGUGAAAGGAACCAUUUCUCCAAAUGAUGUAGUGUUUUAUCCAGUGUUUACCAGGAUUUAUGUUUAACAUGGUCUUCAAAGUGAAGGUAUCAGACAAACAUAUAAACAUGAAGACAGACAUAUAAACAAAAAUAUCCGUUUAACGAGCAGCCAAUAUAUAAUGGUAUAAAGCUGUUUUAGAGCCAAACAGAGCUGUUUCUUAUGAUUUUAAACACAUAUUCUCCUAUAAAUAUUGUUUACAAUGUUAUCCACCACUCGAGAGGUUAAUCUACACAGCGUAAAGACCAAUUAUAACCACCAGGUGGCAGUAUGACAUCGGAAAGGGAGGAGCACGUCACUCUCAGCGUGUGGGUUUUUGCCUUUUGUUUUUCUUCUUUUAAUUGUCUUUCAAAAGGUAACAUGCAAAACUGAUGUACUUAUUUUUGUUUAAAUAUAUAUUUAUUAUACAUUAUAUAAAUAUUUUGAUUUUGUCAUUUUAUACCUCUUCACACACUAAUGAUAAUCAUAAACAAACUACUAAAAUAAAACUAAAUGUCAUCAUAAAGCCAAAUUCUCCUGUUUUUCCCUUUGAUACAAAAUGCCAAGAUACUUUUUACAACUGUGCCAUUUUACAAUCACUAUGAAUUAUUUUCAUUUUUUGUCUUAAUUUAAUUUGUACCAUUUCUUUCCAUGCAGUGCCUGUUGUCUCUUUACAGAUGAAUAGAUGUGCCUUAUCAGAACGGGUAAAAUAGCCAAAGAUUAGCCAUAAUCUGUGAUGUUUUUUGUUUUGUUUUGUUUUUUGUAUAUUUUGAUUGUGUUUUUCUCACUAUUUCACACAAUGAAAUAAAGUUUGAUUGAAUGUUCA